AAAGAUGACGUUUCCUUCAGGGAGUCACAUGACUCUCUUUACAGUAAGUCCAACAUGGCAGACGGAGUGGAUCUUAACUAAAGCAACAUUUCAACUGGAACAACAUUGAACACUAAACUCUGCUAGAAGACACUCAGCAGCACAAUGAGGGAGAGACAGCAGCAGAAGAAGAAGAAGAAGGGGAGGACGUGGGCGGAAGCCGCUAAAACGGUUUUGGAGAAGUACCCCAACACGCCCAUGAGCCAUAAAGAGAUCUUGCAGGUGAUCCAAAGAGAACGGCUUAAGGAAAUAAGAAGUGGAACCUCGCCGCUGGCAUGUCUGAACGCAAUGCUGCACACAAACUCUCGUGGCGAGGAGGGGAUCUUCUACAAAGUUCCAGGCAGAAUGGGGGUCUACACAUUAAAGAAGGACAUCUCAGAUGUGGUGAAGGAGCUGUCUGAGGAGGACUCUGAGGAGAGCAGUGACAAUCUCUCCGACUCCCAAAGCACAGAAAACAACGGCAGUUCCAUCGCAGGAGAGGGCAGGAGAGGAAGGUGGAUGCGAAGAGUUCCCUCCAAACUGCAGUCGCAGCCGUCCUCUCCGCAGCCUCGGUGCUCGUCGCCUUCCGUCCCCACCAGUAAACUCAUCUCUCCCUCGCAGAAACACAGCAAGAAAGCUUUGAAACAGGCCUUGAAGCAGCAGCAGCAGAGAAACCAGCGCAGACAGGGGGGCAUGCCAACCACCUCCAGUCCCAGACUGCUUCUGAAAACCAUCAAAGAUAUGGCUGACAACAUUACUACAAAGGCUGACUUAUGCCACCCAAUUGUCCCUAGGAAGGUUUCUCCGAGGUCAGGCCGCCUCAGUGCAGGGCAGCUGAAACGUACCAAGUGUAAAAUAGAUGUGGAAACACCAGACUCCAUUUUGGUUAACACCAACUUGCGGGCGAUCAUCAACAAGCACACCUUCUCUGUCCUGCCCACAGACUGCCAACAGAGGCUGCUCAAACUUCUGCCUGAAGUUGACCGGCAGGCCUGCAUGGACGGCCUUCUGAAGGUCACUAGUUCUGCCUUGAACAAUGAGUUCUUCACAUCAGCAGCUCAGUCUUGGAAGGAGAGACUGGCUGAGGGAGAAUUCACUCCUGAGUUGCAGCUACGAAUGCGCCAAGAAAUUGAGAAGGAAAAGAGAGUGGAGCUCUGGAAGGAAGCCUUCUUUGAAAACUAUUACGGUGAAAAUUCUGGUUUGAGCUUUGAGGAAUCCAAAGAGCUGACAAAGGCUGAUGUGAAUCAGGAGUCUGCCCGGCCCCGGUCUCCCUCUCAUCAGACAGGACCUGCCGCUCAAGCACCAGUGGAUCCCAAGGGCACCAAGGACAGCAGCCAGACUGAUGCUGCUGCUGCUACUGCCGCCGCUGUGAAAGACACGAAGGCUGCUCAGAGAGAGACGGUCGCCACCACAGAGCCCAUGAAGACUCGCCGCUCACAGUACGCUGAGGAUCGUAAGUUGAACGCAGCAGCACAGUCUGUGCCGACACCUGCGGUGAAAACACCAGAGGUGAAAACACCAGAGGUUGAGAGGCAGACUGAACGGGCCGCGGCAGGGACACUGCCUGACAAGGAGCAUAAAGAGGAAGUGAAGGAGGAGAAAGCUGAACUCCCCCAGUCGCCUGUGAAGAGCCAUCCACCACAGGCUAGUUCAGAGUUAAAAGAGGAUCAGCCGGUGUCUGUGGUUAAGCCUGCUGAGGAGAGCGAAGAGGUCAUCUCUGAGCCCAGUGGGCCCUCAGAGCCGCUGAAAAGAAAAUCUCUCAGUGAGGUUGGGGAUGAAUUGACACCAGAGAAAAGGCCCCGCAUGUCCUCAGUUUCCUCAGUGUCCUCAGUCUCCUCUGUAUCUCCACCAGCGUCAUCCAUAUCCAGCCCAGCUACACCGACUUCGGCAACAAGUCAGAGGGUUCCACCACUCAAGAUCCCAGUGUCACGAAUUCUUCCCGUUCCUUUGUCACCUAGCCAAAUCUCUCCCAGGACUCCACUACCGACCCCGCUCAGCAGCCCGGGCCGUACUGGUGCUCGCACUUUGGCUGACAUCAAAGCUAAAGCCCAGCUUGCCCGAGCCCAGCGAGUGGCGGCUGCCGCGGUAUCAUCUGCAUCGAAGGGAGCGGUGCCAGGCCCGGGGCCGGGCGGAGGCAGUGCUGAGCGGACACAGCCAUCGCCCAGCCCGAGCCCAACGUCCCCACAGGCGUCAACCAAGUUACCAUCCUCCAGCAGCAGCAGUCAGACCAGUACACCUCCUUCUCGCCCACUGGACUCUUUUGGCCAGCUAAGCCCAAACCGGUCUCAAACGUCUUACUCGAGCAAAACUGACGAAAACCACAAAGGUCACUCUGCUGGUACCGUCAGUGCAGGACCCGAUAGCAUUCAAAUGCAACCCACUCCAUCAUCUGUGCACGCUCUCAAGGGACAGGAAAACACAUCACCAACCAAGACCAGCUCCUGUAUCCCUGCAAAUAACCCGUUGGUCACUCAGCUUCUGCAGGACAAAGAGGUCCCGCUGGAGCAGAUCCUCCCAAAACCGCUAUCCAAGGUGGAAGUGAAGAUGUCAAACGUACCCUCUGGUAGUAAGGGGAAGCCACCACACUCUGCUGAGCACAGGGCUGAUAAGCAGGUGUCCCACCAGUUCAUUACAGCAGGACGAGUGGGAGUUUUCUCAGAAUACACGAGACACCACAGGGAACUUCCUGAUAAGGAGACUCAGGAGCAGAUCCUGCAGGCUCUAAUGCAGAGGAAAGGCCAGCAGAGCCAGCCUUAUGGUGGUAUGGGGCCUCAGCACCCUCCGUACAAAGUCCAUCAGCUGGUGCACGCAGAAGAGCGUCAAGACCAAUCCAGGAUUUCGGUAGGAUUUCUGGGUCGGAAGAGGAUGCCCAGGCCCGCCAUGACGGGACAUUACCUGCUCAAUGUGUCCACAUACGGCCGAGGACCAGAAGGCAAGAGACUGCAGCAGUCUGUCAUCCCGAACACGUCUGUGUCCAGCUUAAAAAGGGAAAGCACAGAAGGAGAAGAGGUGGCCAAGGAAGAAGAACCUGCCAGGAAAUGUUUCUUUCCUGUUUCUGGGGUUAAAACAGAGCAGCAUGGAUACUCAAUAACCAAGUCUGAUGAAACAGCCGGCAUUCAUGUAAAGACUGAGCCUGGAUCAGAGGAUAGUGCAGAUAACAACAGCACCAGCGCGACAGCCAAAGACACCAGCCCUUUCUCUCAGUCACACCGAAGGCACCUCGAACUCUGCAAUAGUAACCAAGGAAACUCCGAGCCAUAUCUUACCCAAGUGGACCCGAGUCACCAGCGGCAGUCUGCCUUUCAAACCCAGAGAACGCUCGAUAAUCAGGAAGUCGUGGCAGCGUCGUGCUACGGUGGCACUAUCAGCAUGUCUGUACCUCACACUUUGAACCACGGCGCUGCCGGCAUCGGCUCUUCCACGGGCUCAUCGGAGGCCGACAGCGGCGGCGUCAUGUCUUUCUCGGUGACUGUCACCACCAUACCUGCCGGUCACUCGUUAGACCACGGCAACCAGGGCGAGCCCUCACCCGAGCAGUCGUUCAUGGAGGGCUCCAACAUAGAGGACGUCCAGUCUAAAUGCUACUGCAGACUGAAGGCGAUGAUCAUGUGCAAAGGAUGCGGUGCCUUCUGCCAUGAUGACUGCAUCGGCCCCUCGAAACUGUGCGUGUCUUGUUUAGUCGUGCGAUGAUAUGAAAUUAAUAAUAAUUAGAAGAUAUCGUGGUUUGAUUUGUAUUGAAGACACGAAGCAGAAGCAGGUCAUUCAGAAUCAGUACAGAAUCACUGCCGGGGUGAAGCGCGUUAGCCGCACUCCAGACAAAACAACCAGCAUGCGGUCGCUGUUGUAACGGCACGGAUUUACACUGGAUGGUCUUUUGUUUCACCAACAUCUAUGGAAAGUUGUUUUGUGCAAUUUUUUUGCUAGAAAUGUCAAUCAGUUUUCAAUCAAAUCAGUAGUCUGUCAGACGUGUGACAAAUAUAAAAUCUGGCAAUGUUUGCACUCGGCUAGGAUUAGUGUGAUAUAUUUUUUUAAAUAUAUAUUAUAUAUAUGUGUAGUUUUAAAAAAAAAAAAAAAGGAUGGAAAAAUGAAUGUUGCUAUUUUUGUAGAACAUAAUGACUGUUGUGUUUAAUACUGACACUUUUUAUUAAUGGGCCUAAUCAGUUAUGGUUUAAAGGCAAAAAAAAGGGCGCUAAUGAUAAUCAUUGGUUGUAGAGUACCUCCUGGCAUUUAUGCACGCAUGGCAGGGAAGUGCAACUCACAGUAACUAUUUUAUAUAUAUAAAAAUGUACAUUUAUUACUGAACACACUCAGAUUUAAGAACUAGAAAUAGUUUUAGAAAGAGAAUAUGAAUGGAGUUGUGAAUGAUGCCAUAAAAUCAGCUCGUGAGGAUUGCACAUCACAUCGGUUUUUGACUAACAGUUACAAGGCGAAGCACUUGAAAACCACCUGGAUAUAGAGCUGUGUAUAGCACUUACAUUCAAACAUAGGGGAAAAAGAAGAAUCAUUUAUAUAUAUAUAAAAAUGCCUAUAUGUUCCUUUUGGCAAAUUGAGAUCUUUCCCAUUCCAGGUUAAAGGUCUAGAGUCACUUCCUACUGUGUGAACCUUCAUUUUCUCCCCAAAAAAAGCCAGUUUGUAGAUAUUGUCUCCAGUGAGGUGGGUUUUCUGACGCUUGUAUGUCUGUAUAGAUAGAUCAGCAGUGGCAAACAGUAAAAAAAACACUCAAGGCAAGGGGAGAAAAUGAAGACAAUUUUGUUUUUCCACUGUAAAUAUUUGCUUAUUUACAGUAUAUGCCUAGAUGUAGAAAUGUAUUUUAUUUUAUUCGUGCAGCACACAUUGCUUGCGUAUAUCCUGUUAUUUACAAAAUAUUUUUACUGUGGAAAGAAUAUGGAGAAGAGCAGUACGUUAUGCUAAAACGCUAAAUGCUUCAUCAUAGCAUGCUUCAGUUUUACAAAAUUAUUUGGAGGUACAAUAUGACACCGAUUAACAAGCGGCUGUAACACUUCACUUUAAAAUGGCCUUUUUUUUCCAGAGAAUUGAGAGCGUUUCUCACCAUUUUAAUGUGGUAUGAAGUAUCGUAUGCACAAAAUAUGUUUAUAUAUUGUACAAUAAUAUGUGUGUGAUGUACAAGGAUGAACCAGCACGUUUGUGGUGUGUACACUGCUGCAUUAUGAUGACGUUAACACAGUAUAAAUGCUUAUUUACCACAUAUUAACAUGCAAACAGGGCCAGUGUGAAGCGUUGCCUCGGCAGGUUUUUCGGGUGUUCAAAUUAAGACGCAUCAACUUUAUUUUGAAAUCUCCUGGAGGUGCAAAAUAGGCCUGUUUUAUAGCAAUUAUUUCCAAGGUAAUAUGCCAAAGUCACCUUUUAAAGAAAGUAAUAUAGUAAUCAUAAAGUAAUAUAUUUUAAUUAAUAUAUUUUAAUAUAAAAAAAAAUCUAUUUGCUAAUUGUUUUUGAAAAUCAACAGGGUAUUUACUAUAAUAAUAUAUUGGCUGUCCGUUUUUUCUUAUAAUUUUGUUUAGACUGGACGGAGAAUAACUUGACUUUUAUAAUAACUCAAAUUGCCCAGGUAUCAGUAAUAUUCUGUAUGGCCCAGCUUUUGUUAAUGGAUCUGUUGGUCUAUAUUUUUCCAUAGAGAUGUUGUCUUUAUGUGUGUACCCUUUUAGCUGUCUACAUUUGUGUCAUUAACCUAAUGGAAACAAAAAGAUAUGUUUUUAAAAGUACCAUUUUUAGGUCAGUGGAUUAAUCAAAGUCCAUUUUAAAUGUAUUUGUUAUUAAAUUGGGGGGUUAUGUCUUGUGGAAAAUUGGUUUUAAGAUCGUAGGGAUAGAAUUAGGAGAGGUUUCCACAUAUUGAAGCAUAUAGUCAUUUCACUAAAACUGGUGUACCAGUAUUUGAUUAUGUUAACACAAUUUUAAUUUAUCCCCCAUAAAUAUUUAGGUCUUAUUUGGUUGAAUGUGGUGUUAGGAUGUUGUAUUUACUCAUGUGGAGUUGGGGACUGGAUUGCACGGCAAAAACAAUUAACAAAAACAAUCAAUCAACCCAAAAGGCAGCUGAAAUCUUUGUUAAUAAUGACUGAAACGUGAGUCGGGCAGCCGUCCCCGCUGUCAUUGAAGUUACCUGUUGUGUGUGUGUGCAUUCAGAGGAGCGGUUUCUAUAGAAUUGGCCGGAAAGUGUCACGGGCAAUCACCACCGUUUUGAAAUGUCGAGUUUAUCACCAAGUGAAUUUGUUUAAUAUGUCUGUGUCAUUCUGUCUCCAUUUAAACUCCGGGUGAAUGUAAUAUAGUAAUCAGCACUUGUAAACAAAGUGUAUUUUAUCAGAAGUUAUAGACUAUUAUGAAUAAAUAAUGAAAAGAAAA